CCGCACGCGGGGACCCCGCGCGCCCCGCCACGAUGCCGCCGCUGCCGCCGCGGGGCUGGAUGCUGGCGGCGCUCUCGCUGCUCGCGCUGCUCCUGCUCCUGGCCGACAUCUCCGAGAUCCGCGAGGACCCCGGGCACUCUGGUGGCAGAGGGACAAUCAGAUCAGCUGUGAACAGCUUCCAUAGCAAAUCUAAUAGAGCUGAAGCUCUACUGAAUGGCUCCUCGGCACCAGCCCUGGCUGACAGGGGUAAUGACAGUGUGAAGCAUGGUGCGCAGCAGGCCUCCGCCAAGUGGACACACAACCAGACCGUCUCGCUGAGGAUCAGGAAGCAAAUCCUCAAGUUCUUGGAUGCUGAGAAGGACAUUUCUGUCCUCAAGGGCACCCUCAAGCCUGGAGACAUCAUUCACUACAUCUUCGACCGAGACAGCACCAUGAACGUGUCGCAGAACCUCUACGAGCUGCUGCCCAGGACCUCGCCCCUCAAGAACAAGCACUUUCCCUCCUGCGCCAUUGUGGGCAAUUCGGGGGUCCUGCUCAACAGCGGCUGCGGGCCCGAGAUUGACACGCACAGCUUUGUCAUCAGGUGCAACCUGGCACCGGUGCAGGAGUACGCCCGCGACGUGGGGCUCAAGACAGACCUGGUGACCAUGAACCCGUCGGUCAUCCAGCGGGCCUUCGAGGACCUGGUCAACGCCACGUGGCGGGACAAGCUGCUGCAGCGGCUGCACAGCCUGAACGGCAGCAUCCUGUGGAUCCCCGCCUUCAUGGCCCGCGGGGGCAAGGAGCGCGUGGAGUGGGUGAACGCGCUCAUCCUGAAGCACCGCGUGCGCGUGCGCACCGCCUACCCAUCCCUGCGCCUGCUGCACGCCGCCCGCGGCUACUGGCUCACCAACAAGGUCCACAUCAAACGACCCACCACCGGCCUUCUGAUGUACACCCUGGCCACGCGUUUCUGCACCCAGAUCCAUCUCUAUGGCUUCUGGCCCUUCCCACUGGACCAGAACCAGAACCCCGUCAAGUACCACUACUACGACAGCCUCAAGUACGGCUACACGUCCCAGGCCAGCCCCCACACCAUGCCCCUGGAGUUCAAGGCCCUCAAGACCCUGCACGAGCAGGGCGCGCUGAAACUGACAGUGGGCCAGUGUGACGGGGCCACGUAAGGGCCCGCAGCCGGCGGACGCGGUGACUCACGUUUCCUGCCCACUCCACCGCCAGGCAGAGGGGAGUUGGGCAGCACGGGUUCUCUAGGACAGCAGGGUAGUUGUCUUUGUUCGAGUGUAAAACAGUGACACGCGGCGUACCUCGCUCUCGCGGCCCGCCCAUCUAUGUUGACCUGAGUGUUUGACUGUGUGGGGUUCAAUCGAGCGUGAGGCACAUCGGCCCCCACCCCCACCCCGGGCAAGAAGGCACUGGGAGAAAAAAUCGGGGACCAAUGCAGACUCCACCCUCCGCCCAGGAGGGCAGGAAUGGGGGACACAGAAGGACUCGGGGCAGAAAGAGCCCAGCCCGUGACUUGGGGUGACAGCUGCCCCCUGAGACCUGAAGGGUUCUCUGGGAACUGUGGGUGAGUGGAGAAGCGCCUGGUUUUAGGGGUGAACAGAGGGCCAGAGCUGGGCUUUCAGUGUGAGAACGGACAGUGCCGGCCAUGCAGCGAAGGAGGCUGGAGGUGUCCUUGGAUGCACAUCCAGAAUGGCCCAUUUGGAUGGACCAGGGGGAACUGGCAGCCAGAUCUAGCAGCCCCAGGCAGAGGCUCCUGGAGGCUGAGGCAGCAGCUCCUGGCCAGGAAUCAUGUUUGAGAAAUGCAGCAGCUUCCUUCGAGGCCAGGGGGCACCGCCAGAAAAAAAAGCAGAAGAGUGUUCCGAGUUGGGGGCCCCUGGGGGCGGUGCUUGAACCUGAACUGCAGGAUCCCACCCUCCUUCCAACCAGGACUACCACUGCACCCUCAGUUACCAGAGAAGCGGCAGCACAAGCUCGAAAGGUCACCGGGAAGACAAAUGUCAUCCUUUAAAAAUAGCCUUGCGGGGCGUGGCAGGGAGACCAGGGACUGUGCCCUCCCUCCAGCUCCGGGUCUGCGCUCUCCAAGGCCUCUGCCACCUAGGAGCGGGUCAUCGAAAUGCCCACGCCACCGCGCCUUCACUCUGCAGGGAGAGGAGACGCCCUCCCCCUCCAUCUCUUGCUCCCCCCCCCCCCCAGACAGCUUGCUCGGAAUUGUGCAAAUUCCCUCCAGGUCCUGCUCUCAGCCCCAAACGUGCCUCCAGAUGCUGCGUGGUGGUGGCUGGUGGCCCAGGAAUCACCCAACGCAGGGGCGACACCGGAGAGGCAAGCCAUGUGCUUCCCAGCCCGAGCCCCGUGCUGGGUUAACGGCAGCCUCUGGAAGCAGAAUGGAGCGAGGCCACAAGCUUCAGUGGCCCAGGGGCCCUUGGGUCUCAUGCCCCAGAUUUAUGGAUGCGGUCCCAAGGCUGGGACACAUUUCAUUUCUGAGACUUGCCGUGCCAGCUUCCGCCUCCCACAGGACUGCCCACUGGGCCCUGUAACAAGCCCUGAGAGCUUGGACUCCAGGAUGUUCCCGAGAGGUGGGGAAGGCCGGUGCUGGUCCUGGGCCUGCCACUUGCAGGGAGACCUGGUUCCCUCUGGGUCUUGGUGCUUUGGGCUGACGGAGCGGGGAGGGCAGGACUUGGGGAGGUGAUGUCCCCACCUGUCUCCAGCUCCUUCUGAGUCUCCUCCUCGGCCCCCGGUCCCAUAUGGUGGCAGGAACUCUGGAAGACCACGCUGGCCCCCUCAUUCCCUGCACAGUUGGGGGGCCCACCUCCUUUGUGUUGAGUUGGACCACAGCGCUCGCCCCCCUGCCUCCCCCCCCCCGCCACCCCUGCCACCCUGAGGAGUCCCAGAUUCUUGUAAUUUUAGUACCCUGACGGCCACCUUGUAAGUGCAGAGGUCACAGACCUGCCUGGAGCCGGGGGGACCUUUGACCCCUGCCUUGCCAUCACCCUCAAAGGCCCCUCAGCACCCUAAGCCCCCAUCACUGCCUUCUACGUGGAAGAGAUGGAAGCUUGGGGGGAGGGUCUCCCUUCCAAAGCUCCUGCUCAAGUUCGUCCAGUUCCCAAGAAAGCAGUGUCCAGCACACGGCACGGCCUCCUUCUGGGGUCCGGCACCCUCUGCCCACCCCGGUACCCCUGUGUCUCUGGUCCCAGCUCCUGCAGUCUCGCCCUCCACCCCCCAAAAUCCCCUUCUGGGCAUUCUCUCAACCCCUUCUGCCUGCCUCCUGGCCAGGGACACAGCACCCUCCCCCGCCUUCUCCUCUUUCCUCCCCUCCUGGCCCCUGCCUCAACUAUUUAUGUAUUUAUGUGUGUAUUUAUGAUUUAUUUAUUGUCCCCUCGAUGGCCACGGCUGACCUGUUCUGCCCUUUCACCCUUACCCCAGCUUCCCGCCACCUAGGCUCAGUGACCCCAGUUCCUUAGCGUAAACCCAGCUCUUGAGAAGCCAAAUUCAGCCUCCAGGUCCCUCUCUAGACCAUCCCCCUUUUCCCCCUCAGACUUUCUCCAGUACGUAACUGGACUCUGGCUGUUUCCCAGCCCACCCACUCCAUCAGUGCCAUCCGCGCCCAUUGGCUCGGCUCCAGGUCAGCAGCCUCACUGCCCACAUAACCUCUGCGUGCUGGUCCAGCCCACAACCACUCCACUCUCCCGCUGUUCCCCUUACACAAAGCCCACACAGAAUCCACAUCGUGGGCUGAGCGACAGUACAACGGGGAGGGCGCUCACCUUGCAGGGUGCAAUCCCCAGCAUCCCAGGAGUGAUCCCAGAGCCAGGAAGAGGCCCUGAGCACUGCUGGGUGUGGCCCCGAAAACAAAACACCCACAUCUCAUGCACUCUCGGCACCCCCAAAUAUGCUCACACACGCACUGCCCAGCCUGGGCUUCGCCAACCCACCGUCCCCCUUUACUGGCCCCUCCUCACGCACUGACCACAUCCCACCUUGUAUUAUAGUUCUGGUGCGCCUGUCCCAUGGCUGUCCCUCGACAGUGCGCGCCCCCCACCCCCGCGGGGACCCUUCUUUCUCUUCCUCUUUCCAUCACUGUCCCCCA